UCCUUCCUUCCUCACUUGAAUUUUCUGGCAAUGGCGGCGGCGAACGGCGGCGUUGUCGAUUCGAUCGUGCAUACGCCCUACGCCGCUACUGUCCGUGUGAUGCUCGCUUCACUUGAGCGGAAUUUGCUGCCGGAUGCCGUCGUGCGCCGCCUCACGCGGCUGCUGCUCGCGAGCCGCCUCCGCUCCGGUUACCGACCGUCAGCUGAAAUUCAGCUCUCCGAUCUCAUACAAUUCGCGCAUUCUUUGAGAGAGAUGCCGAUAGCAAUCAAGACAAAAGAGCCCAAGUAUCAACAUUAUGAAGUUCCAACCUCUUUCUUCAAGCUCGUUCUUGGGAAGCAUCUAAAAUACAGUUGCUGCUUCUUCCCAGACAAGUCGAGCACCUUAGAGGAUGCUGAGAAGGCGAUGCUGGAGCUAUACUGCGAGAGGUCGCAGAUGAAAGACAAUUAUUCUGUUCUUGACGUCGGCUGUGGCUGGGGAUCGCUUUCUCUGUAUUUAGCACAAAAGUACCCUAAUUCCCAGAUUACUGGGAUUUGCAAUUCAACAACACAAAAGUCACACAUUGAGGAGCAGUGUCGGUACAUACUCUUUUUUCUUUGUAUAAAGCUUUGGUAUCAAAAGUCAAGAAUGUUGCUAUAUAUAGCACUUAUUCCCAGCGGUCCCUAAGUUUCCAGCGCUCGCUGGGUCUUUUCUAGCGGGCGCUGGUUUCAUAGAAUUCAAUUCCAAAAUUAUCCCGUAAAGUCUUCAAAAAUCAGUGAAAAUCGGGGUGAAAUCCAACCACGAAUUCUUUGAAAGUCGUCUGGAAUCUAUGUGAAUUCCAUGGAAUUUAAAUUCUAUGGACUUUUUAAAGUCUGUGGAAAUCCACAACGAAUACA